AUGAGUGUGGAGCAGAAUGAAGCCAAGGCCAAGGCAAAAGCAGCAAAGAAGGCGCACAAGGACGCCAGUGCUCAGCAACGACCUCAAGCGAGCACGAGCUCAGCAGCCAGUCAUGCCAAUCCGACCUCUCGACGAAAACCUAACGCUCCUCCUACAGCAGCCCAGCCGGGUACCACGCCAGCCUCUAUCGCGCCAGCACAGGCCGCACAGACUCCUCUGAAUUUGUUCCUGCAUCUUGACCCGCCACGGUCUGCAAGGACGCUGGCCAAAUCGAAUGCGUCAGACAAAGACUAUGUUCAUCCUGCCGUCGUCAGACUUGCGAGUCAGUACGCAGACUUCAAGAUCGUAGGCGCAAAUGCACGAGCUAUAGCCAUGCUCGAAGCCUUCAAGCUCGUUAUCCAAUCCUAUCAGCCUCCGGCAGGCACGGCGCUCUUUCGCCAUCUGCCCACCCAUCUGUCGCCUCAGAUCACGCAUCUCGUCAGAGCCAGACCGCUCGCAGUGAGUAUGGGUAAUGCCAUCCGGUGGCUCAAAUGGGAAAUCAAUCAAGUCGGCCCCGACAUGCCAGACGAACAGGCAAAGGCGAUGCUUUGCGAGAGAAUUGAUCACUUCAUACGCGAUCGCAUCCAUCUGGCUGGCCAAGUCAUCCAGACCCACGCGCUCGACAAGAUCAACGAUGGCGAUGUCAUCUUGACCUACGCGCGUUCAUCUCUCGUCGAGCAGAUCCUCCUCACAGCCUGGCGAUCAGGCAAGCGCUUCAGCGUCAUCUGUGUCGACUCUCGUCCCAUGCUCGAAGGCCGUCAUCUCCUGCAGCGGCUUGUAGACCACCACAUUCCGGCGACCUAUGUCUUGAUACCUUCCAUGUCAACAGUAUUAUCAAGUGUCUCCCUCGUGCUGUUGGGAACAUCGGCCCUCUUGUCGGAUGGGGCCAUGUUUGCACGUGCGGGCACGGCAACCGUUGCUCUUCUUUCAAAGUCUGCAGGCAAACCUGUCGUCUGCUGCUGCGAGACUUACAAGUUUAGCGACCGCAUCAUGCUUGACAGUAUAGUCGGUAAUGAGAUGGCAUCGCCUCUUGCAGUAUGGCCUGCGAGCGCAAGGUCUCAAGACAGCUUGGUCGACCCGCCGCCAGCCCAGCAUCAAACGUUCGUGCCACCUAACGAGCAUCUCAGCGUGCUCAACUUGCUCUACGAUGUCUCGCGACCGGAGGAUAUCACUUGCGUCGUCACCGAAGCAGCCAUCAUUCCCGUCCAGAGUGUUCCGCUCAUCCUGCGAGAAUUCAAGCCGAUCAUGCAAUCUUAG